AUGUUUGGUUUUACUUUUUUAAAAAAUACAUACAUUUUUUCGAAAAUAAAAGUUAGGAUUGCAAUAGUUGAAGCUAUUAUUGUUUCAUUUUCAAGUAUUUUUUGUUUAGUACCAUGGAAUUUCAAUUUCAAUGUCAAUUCACUAUGUUUAAUACCAGUAUUUUCACUAAUGUCGUCGUGUAGUAUCUCAUCAUAUACAAGUAUACAUUUGGCUACAACUAUGUUAUAUGGUACAUUAUCAGCAAGUUUAUAUUGUUAUUUAGUAUUGUUAAUUACAAGAGACACAAUUUGGAUUACAUUUAUAACCACAUUUAUUUUCUCAUAUAUUAUGGCCACAUUAGUAAUGAUGCCAAGAAGAUAUAUGAGUGGAUUAUUUAUGAAGAAAAUGUUUUUAGAUAUUAUAAUAGUAUUAUAUUUCACACCACAAGGUGAAUAUUUUGAAAAUAUUUGGCAGAAUAUAGUUUGUGCUGGAUUUAUUUUCUCAUCAGUGGUAUUGGGUCAAGUGGCUUUCCCAUCAUUAGCAUCACGUAUAUUCUUUAAAUAUUCAAUAGAUGUUAUGCAAACAACUAGAGAUUUCCUUCGAGUAAUUAAUUUUCAAUUAGAAGAGAAUUUAUAUAAAAAAAAUAAUAAUAAUCCAGGUAUUAGUAUUAUUGAUGAUGAUAAUAAUAAUAAUAUAAGUAAUAGUGGUAUUAAUAAUCAACAAAAACAACUAUCACCAAAUUUUGAAAAUGGUGCAAGUACAAUUGUUGGUAAUAAUAAUAAUAAUAAUAAUAAAUUUUUAGAAAGUGAUGAACAAACAACAUCAUAUCGUCAACCAUUUGAAGAAAUUGAAAACCAAUUCAUUAGAGAACAACAAUUAAAGUCAACAAAUACUGAUAAUUUCGAUUUACCAAUAUCAGUUAAUUUAAAUUUACCAAUUAGUAAAGAGGAUUUAGAAUCUAAUCAUCAGAAUCAAAUUGCAACUGAAAAUAUUGAAUUUUUUGAUCCAAUUUUACCAAUAACACUCAACAGCAAUAAUAAUAAUAAUAAUAAUAAUAAUAAUAAUAAUAAUAAUAAUAAUAUUUUUGAUGAGAAAUUAAAAUUACCAUUGGCAAGAUCAAUGAUUAUUAAUAAAAGUUCAGAUAUUGAAGUUAAAAAUCCAGAUUCAAAAUUAGAAAAACCUUCAAUUUCAAAUAGUAAUGGUAUAGAAAUGAAUGAGAUUAAAAAAAGUAGCAAUAAUAAUAGUAGUGAGAAUAAUAAUAAAAUCCAACAAGAUAUAAAUAUAGAGCAUCAACCAGAACAACAAUCAGAACAACAAUCCCAAACACAACAUCAAUUACAACAACAACAACAACAACAACAACAACAACAACAAGCACAAAAUCAAUUACAACAUCAACAAUCAGAAAUUCCAAUUAAUAAUAUAGAUUCUCAUCAUGAAGAUACAAAAUCAAUCAUUUCAACAGAUAAUUUAGAUAAAAAGAUAAAGAUUAUUAAAGAAUUAGAUAUAGAACCACUUGAAAAACAAAUGAAAAUAUUAGAAGUUAAAUUAUCUGGUGAAAUUAAUACAUUAACAUUAUUAUAUAAUGAAUCUAAAUCAGAGAGAUGGAACAGUAACUUGAAUGCAGAUUACAAUAAGUUAUUAUCAAUUUUAGAGAUGCAAUUAAAACAAUUACUUUCAAUUAAAAUUGCAAUGAUUAAUGGAUUUAGUAAAUUGGCAAGUAGAGAAUUAAUAACUCCAUUAAUUCCAUUCAUUGAAUGUUUAGUUGAAGAAGUUUAUUUACAAAUGGGUUUAAUGAUUGAUAUUUUAUCUUCAAAUUUACCUGAAUUUUUAAAUAAUAAUCAAAAUAUUCAAAAUAAUAACAAUAGUAAUAAUAAUCAAAAUAAUAAUAAUAAUAAAAAUGAAGAAAUAAUUAAUAUGGUUAGUUCAGUUUUAUAUAAUUCAUUUGAUGAAACUGAAGAAUUAGUUAAUAAAGUAAAAAGUGCAUUUAAACAAGUUGUUGAUGAAUAUCAAAAAGGUAAUCAUCCAAUUUUAUCAGGUACAGAAGUUUCAAAAGUUCAUUAUUUUAUACAUGGUUUAUUUUCAUUAACACUUCAACAAAGAAAUAUCGCAGAUUUAUUAAUUAAAGUUAAAAGACAACAACAUUUAGAAUCUGUAAGAUGGGAAUUGGUUAAAAAUGGUUUAUUAACAAUUUUAAAAGCAUUUCCAUUAUUUAUUAUAAAAUAUUUAAAGAAAUUAAUAAUAAAGAGUGAAAAUAAAAAAGAACAAGGACAAGAAGAAGGUGAAGAUAGUGUUAUUAUUAAAAUUAUAAAAUGGAUUAAAUUUAAUUUCUUUAAGAAUGCUAAAUGGAAAUACCCAUUUCAGGUUGCAAUUGGCUUAUUGUCAACUAUUAUACCAUUUUAUUAUUUUGAAGGUUGGAGUUAUAAUGAAUUGGUAAUUCAUGGUGUUUGGACAUGUGCAACUGUAAUGCUGGUAAUGGUGAGUAGCGUUGGUGCAACUAUUAGACGUGGUUUGGAUCGUUUUAUGGCCACUGUCAUUGGUGGAAUAAUUGGAUUUUUAACAUCUCUACUAUGUAGUAUUAUCCCCUCGCCCGGUAAAGAGAUUGUAAUUGUGGUAGUGACAUUUAUCUUCACAUUUUUAAUGAGUUUCCCUCAACAACACCCAGCUCAUACAUAUGCAGGAGCAGUAUCUGGUUUAACUUUUAUUUUGGUUGUUUUUGGUCAAAAUUUUACAAAAAAUUUCGAUUAUAUGUAUGCUGUACUCAGAUCAUUUCAUAUUCUUUUGGGUGUAAUUUGGGUUAUCAUUCUCAGUAUGACCGUUUUCCCUUAUUUCACUUACAAAGGUACAAGAAUUAAAAUAUUUCAAAUUACCAAUGCAAUGUCAGAUUGUUUCAUUAGUAUCCUUGAAGCUGGUUUAAGAUUAAAUGAAUCAAUUUCUGAAAUUAAUGAUCCAGAGUUUUCUUCAUUAUUCAAUUAUUACAUUAAAAUUCAAGGUGAAGAAAUAAUAACCUUUGGUAAAGAUGAAAAAGAAGAAACUGAUGAAUUUUUAAUUAAUGAAAAAAGAAAGAAAUUAAUUUUAAAUAUAAUUUUAAAUCAUAAAAAUGAUUUAAUUAAUAGUUAUUUAAAUAAUAAUAAUAAUAAUAAUAAUAAUAAUAAUAAUAAUAACAAUGAUCAAAAUAUUGAUUCAAAUUCAAAUUUAAAUAAUAAUAAUAAUAAUAAUUUUAAUGAAAAUAAUAUAAAUAAUAUUAUUAAAGUUCAAGAUAAAGAAUUUAUGAAGAGUGAAAGAAAAAAGAAAAAGAAAUUAAUUUUUGAAUCAUUAAGAAAUGUUAGAGUUGGUAUCGAUCAAGUUAAAGCAUCAUUAUUUGAUGUAAAAUCAGAGUUACAACUUAUAUCACCAAGAAAGAUUGAAAAGUAUUUAUCGAUAGCAGUAAAUUUGGAUAAUUCACAUACUAGAUUGGUUGCAUUAGAGAAUUCAUUCGAUCCAAUAUUUAGUGACUUGGUAAAAUUAUCAAUGUUUCAAUUAUCAAAACCACUUUUAAAUUUAUUUAGAAUUUUAAUUAAAUCUAAAUUUCAAUUAAAACAAUUAAUGGCAAGUAAAAUCAAUAGUGACCAAUCAUUGGAUAUCAUUAUGAACGCUUCUCAAUCGAUUCAAUCCGCUUUAAAACAAUUUGAUCAUGAUUAUCAAUCAAUUCGUUCUCAUCUUUUAAGUGAAAAGGUUUUUCAUCAUUUACAUCCUGAAAUGAUUCAAUUCGGUUCAGGUAUUCAUUCAAUUCAAAUGUUUAUUCAAAAUUUCGUUAUUCUACUAGAAGAUUUACGUUCAAUUAGAAAAGAGAAAAGUUAUUUUAAACAACUUUUAGGUUUUUUAUUUAAAAAAUAA